AUGGCGGGUACUUAUUAUUUUGUUAUUGUUGGCCAUUCUGAUAAUCCCAUUUUUGAAAUGGAUUUUAUUCCACUGACUAAAGAAGUUAAGAAGGAAGAUAAUAGACACCUCAAUCAAUUCAUUGCCCAUGCAGCACUUGAUUUGGUUGAUGAACAUAUGUGGAAAGUGACCAACACAUACUUGAAGUCGGUGGACAAGUUUAACCAGUGGUUUGUUUCUGCCUUUGUUACAGCCAGCCAGAUGCGGUUUGUUAUGGUUCACGAUGCUCGCAAUGAGGAUGGAAUCAAAAAUUUUUUUACCGAUGUUUAUGAAGCAUAUAUAAAACUUAUGUUAAAUCCAUUCUACAAAGAGGACACUCUUAUUACAUUACCAGCCUUUGAGAAAAAAGUGCAAUUCUUAGGCAAGAAAUACUUAACAUAA